AUGGGGCUGAGAAAAUUAUGCUUCGCCCUCAACGGAGUUCCUGCCAUUGAUGUGUUCGUGUCGUUGCUACCAACAGAGUCCAGUGACGCUGCCGCUGCCGCCGAAGUGAGGCGGAAAGCAGAGCUACUGCACGUCAAUCACCGUACACCGUAUGUCCUUUCGCGUCUCGCGGCGUCUGCGGCCCUUUCGGCGGUAGUGGGGACUUCCGUCCCACUUGUGGGUACCAGAGCGGACGCUUGGCAGUACGGUGCCCGACUCUCUCUUGCACACGAGGACCUCGUCGGUGCGGCGGUGGCGUGGCGGAGUGAUGCUCCGUACUCCCUUGGCAUCGAUGUGGUGGAUGUGCAGCAGGUGGCGCGCACAUCUUCCCGCUACCCACAGUUUUGUGCUCGCUGCAUGCCAUGUUGUGUGCCUUCCGCGUCCACUGCGGAUGAGAUUGCAGGACUCCAGCAGAUGUACGGAGAAGCCGUUGACCCCGCUGCUGUUACGCUGGCACAGCACUGGGGCCUUCGCGAAUGCUGUGUGNACUCCAGCAGAUGUACGGAGAAGCCGUUGACCCCGCUGCUGUUACGCUGGCACAGCACUGGGGCCUUCGCGAAUGCUGUGUGA